CAAAUUGCGCCGGUCUCCAUUAACAUUCCUGGGACCACGUUCAAUGAUUACUGUGCCGAUUAGCUAAACAACACCGUGAUUUUCUUUUACAGGUUGCAGCCGUGAGGGCUGUUAAUGUUCCCGCAGCUACCUUCGCUUCUUUGGGAAGGUCUAUUGAUGCUGGAUCAUCGCAUUUGGGGUAUAUAUAACCCUUGAGAGUUGCUGUAUCUUGAUAUCACAUUCUAGCACCCAACCCUCCAGCAUGCGGUCUGCGAAUAUUUUGAUUAUUGUCGCUUUCCUCAUCGGCGCGGUGAGCGCAGCCAGCGGCAACAGCACAGUCAGUGUCGAAAAGCCGACAAUAGUCUCCACAGUAUUUAAAUACGACCCAAGCAAAGCCGCAGCAAUCGCGGCAGGCGUAUUGUACUCCGUCGCCAGUCUAUGCCUGUUUACGCGCUUAUUUAUGAACAAGGCAUGGUGGGGACUUUGUCUCCCUGUAGCCUCAACCUUGAUGUCCGUUGGCUUUUUUAUGCGCAUACCCAUGGCGACGAACCCAAAUUCUCUCCCGAUUUUCAUGGCCCAACAACUCCUCACCUUGUUACCGCCUGCCGCAUACCUCGCCUUCAAUUACAUCCUUUAUGGGCGUUUCAUCGUGAACUGUGUGGACAGACGCUACUCUUGGAUAAAACCGGAGAAAGUUGCCCGGUACUUCGUUAUCAGCGAUAUCACGACAUUCCUCAUACAGGGCGGAGGUGGCGGUCUAGAAGCGUCGACAAAUACCACAAGUGCAAAGUUGGGCGCGGACAUACUGCUCGCCGGACUAAUCCUUCAGACAGUCUCAUUUGCGUUCUUCAUGAUCCUGGUUGUGCAUGCAUGGCAUUGUAUCGUUCGAGACGGCCUUAUGUUCCGCAAGGAGCCGUGGGGGCAAAUUCUUUGGAUAUUGAUGUUUUCUUCAACAGCCUACAUGAUUCGCUGUAUCUAUCGUGUCACCGAGCUUGGUCAAGGUAACGGCGGCUAUCUCCUCACACAUGAAAUCUAUUUUUACCUCCUCGACUCACUGCCACUGUUGAUUGGCAUUUGCACAUACAUCAUCUACUGGCCAACGAAGUAUCUCGAAGCGUCGGUCAAGCCUGUCUAUGAUACUGAAAUGACGGGACGGGUUUAGAGUUCUGUUGUCUAUAAUUUACUUGGGUGCAUGGACACAUAAUACCCUCAUAAGGGCACUGGACUAUAUAUGUUACAAUAAUCCGCUGCGAUGCAACAAUGUUCUGUAGAUCGGUUCCUUGACCGCACAAUAUCCUACUUAUAUGUUCGUGUUCGGAGGCUCGGAGCGAAUAGGAAAGCAAUUGC